AUGUUCUUCAACAAAUAUUUUCUUGCAGUAAGAAUUGUUUUCUCAAUAAGAAAUUAUUUUUUACUGUGUAGUUGAGAUACUGUAUAUUGACAGACAAUUGGCAUAUCUACAUAUAUCUGCAAUUUUUAUGCAGAUAUUUUGCAGAUAUUUUGACAGACAAUUGACAUAUCUGCAAAUAUCUGCAACUUUUAUGCAGAUAUUUUGCAGAUAUGUUGACAGAUAAUCAACAUAUCUACAUAUAUCUGCAACUUUUAUGCAGAUAUUUUGCAGAUAUUGUAGAUCUUGUUGCAGAUAUGCUGCAGUACUGCAACAGAUAUAUGACAGAUACUUGCAGACAUUUUACAUAUAUGUCAGUUUGGUAAGGGUUUACUGUAAAUAUCAGUUGCUAAAAUAUAAGUCAUGGAAAAACUCCAUAAAUGAUGCAUGGGGGAGUGAAAACCCUGAUGAUAACACAUACAUUUCUGCUUGGAAAGAGUUUUUGAAUUCACCAUAUGCCAAACAACAUGUUCCAAACUGGGAAGAAAAACUACAUGGUGCAUUAGAUUGUGUAGUUCAGUCAGUUGACGACCCUGUGCCAAAUGAAGAUUCAUAUCAAGAAGAUUGGAUGAUCAGUGCUAAUCUACACAACAGUAAGAUAAAUGAUGGUUGUCAAACUGUAGAUCAAACUCUCUAUGAUUGGAGUUUGGAUAGGCAAAACUAUAGUGAAGUUCAAACGUCUGAAAUGACACAAUGGAUUGAAACCAAAAAGAAGGACAAUGCCCCAUUAACUAAUCAUUAUGUGACAGUUGACAUAACCUGUUUUAGUGAAAGACAAAAUCUUGCAUACCAAAUUAUUUUAAAUCAUGCAAGUAAAAAGGGUAAGGAACCACUUUUAUUAAUUGUUACUGGAGAAGCUGGGACUGGAAAGAGUUACCUUAUAAAUGCCGUACGAAACUACCUUAAAGAUAAGUGUGCUGUGACAGCAACAACUGGAAAAGCUGCUUAUAACAUUAAUGGCAUCACUGUUCAUUCCCUUCUGAAGCUUCCUGUAGCUGCUUCAUCCCAUAAAAUUUAUCCGGGCAAAGUCUUGUGA